AAGAUAGAAGUUACAAACUAUCAAAGACUUUAUUUAAAGUAUCCAUUGUCCGUGGAAUCCAGAAAAAAGACUCUUAUCAGUUACUGAACUAUCUCUACAAACCAACUACUUUCAAAAAUACCUCUACCACUCUCAUAGAAUGGUGCCACUAGCAUAUUAUGAUCAACGUGUUGCGCCUUUAGAACACUCUUACCAACCAGGCACAGCAGACUCACUAACCCAUCCACACACAGGUAAUCUAAAUCAACCCAGUAAUCAGUCUUUGGUCAGAGUACAAUCUGAUAGUAAUCACCUUUUAGCACCUCCACCAUGCCCCAACCAGAAGGUUCAGAGAGUCUUUGCCAACUCUCAGGCUACAAUUUCACAGGGCUUCCAUAACAGGCUUUUGAAAUCACUAUUACCCCAGUCCAAAUGCCAGUCUAUACCUUCACUAGACCUCCACCAAAGAACUUCAUUGCAGCCUAAUUGGAGAUUUCUGAGCUCACCUUUGUCUCACCCCAAACCUCAAACAAUAUCUUCACUUGACCUCAAUAAAUCAUCAUUAUCACUGGAGUCCAAUCAAACAGAUUUGAGCUUACAAUUAGCCCUCCCCAAACCUCAGAAUACAAUUUCCUUAGACCUUUGCUGUAAAUCACCUUUACUGAAGUUUAAUCAAAAUGCCUCAAGUUCUUCAUUAAUCCCCUUCAAACAUCAAGAAACACCUUCUCUAGACAUCCACUGGACAUCAUCAUCUUUGGGACCUAAUCAAAGAGCCGUUAGCUCAACUUUACCUCAGCCCAAGCCUCAGAAAUUACCUUCAUUGGACAGCCUUUGGACAUCGUUGUUAGAGAACAAUCAAAGAUCUUUGAGCUCAUCAUUACUUACCUCUACACCUCAAACAAAUGACUUAUUUCAGAAAUCACCUUUGUUGCAGCCCAAUCAAAUGGCUUUUAGAUCACCGUUACCUGACUCCAGACCUCAGACACCACCUGUAUUGAGCCCUAAUCCUUAUGUUCUGAGUUUACCAUCGUCUAACUCAAGACCAACAAAAUCACCUUUAUCAUAUUCUGUCCGCCAGACUCAGAGUUUGCCAUUGUUUCAGCCCAAAUCCCCAAAAGUUACACUGGAUCAUACAUUUAGGACCCUGAGCUCACCAGUUUGUGACUCCAAGUUUCAAAACACCACUUCGCCAAAUGAAAAACACGAUGUCACAGAACCAUUUUGUUUGGUUUCACCCCAUCUCAAACCAAAAGUCUCAGGUCAAUCAUUAUCAAGCUCCAAAAACAUAGCUGCUGCAUGGGGAUCCAGAAUCCAGAGCAAAAGCAGCUUUAAUCUUUCUGCAAAGGCAUAUUCAAAUAAAGAAAUUCCCUGGACUUUGGAUUAUAUUUAUCCUUGCAUUGUUAAAGGUGGAAGUGUCCCUGAUGAUGUUGUAAAUAAAAUUAUCACUUCUCUUUCCAAGACCAGAAUCCAAAGGGAUCUCUGUAGGCAAAUUCUGUUUCGAAGAAUGAGAGGAAAACCAAAUCCUCAUCCUGGUCCCCGCCUUUCAUCACGUUACAUGGUCUGUUUAGCUUGUGCUUCCUGCAUAAAAACUCAUUGUAAGCAUCUUACAGGAAAAAAAGAUCCUCGUAGUGCAAUACUGUCUGUCAUACCAACACCUGAGCCCAGUUCUGAGGGAGAAGUAGAGAUGAAAUUAGUUUUCAUUCUUUCCCUACCAGAGACUUCUUUCUCAUCUUGUCUUCCAUUCCCUGUGAAAGAAAACCAACCUGAUGAAGCUCUUAAAGAGGGUCUUGAAGGAAUGAAGAAGAUAUCACAGUUUUCUCCUUUUGAACUUGAUAACACACAUGGGCUUGAUAUGAAGAAAACAUUGUUGACAGCAGCCCCUGAAAACAAAGUUGUAAGCCCACAGAGCCAGGCCAUUGACUGGCUGCUUUAUGUUAAGAAAAGUAAUUCUCAACCCCAGACUGGGCUCCCAUCCUCUCCUUCUUCCAUAUCUUGUUCCUCAUCCUCUUCUUCAUCUUCUUCCUCUUCUUCCUCUUCCAUUGCACCCUCCUCAUCCUUCCCUUACAAAGACUCUACCACAUCUAACCUCUCAGGCUGUGUGCUCACUAAGUUAGUUAGUUAUCACCGGUUGCCCCCAGGGAUCUCCUGGCUUGAGUUUAUAUGUAGCAAAAAUUAUCAGCUACUUUCUGGAAAAACACACCAAAGUCAAUCUCCACCUCCCCAAACAAAUCCUUCGAGGAAAAGUGCCAUAGUGAAAGGGCCAAAGGGGCCAAAUACACUUUCCAAAUUUUUCCAAAGUAAAUGAGAGACAUCCUGAUUAAAUUAACUUUGUGUUUCUUUGAAAGCAAUUGAUUUCUUAGUUCUUUGAGACUGAAAUUUGAUUAUCUAUCAUACUUAACAUUCUUAGUAAUGACUGAAUGGGACUCUGGAUUUAGCUGGUGAUGCACCUAGUGAAGGGGAACUAUUACUUUCAGGUCUAUUUCUUAGUUAACAAAUGAACUAUGAUCCCUAGAAACCAAAACCAAAUCUUUUGUUUUUACUGAAUGCCUGGCUUAGAGUAGCCAUUAUAUAAUUAUUGUUAAAUUAAUCAUAAUUAGACAGAGACCAGAGAUACUUUAUCCAUCUUGCCCAGAAUAGUAUUCAGAUCAUUGUUAUUCUCUUUGCUCAUAAGAUACGAUAAUGACAAUAUUCUUCAGCCAUAUAUACUAACCUGUUUCCCUAUCUCUAAAGAAAUUUCAGAUCAUGUUUAACUGUUAAGAAUAUAGAGAUAAUCUUUUCAGUUAUGUGUUUCUAGGGAAAAUUUUUAUGUACUCUGAAAUCCAAUGAAUUAUUUAACCUUACUUAACAAAUUUCAGGAAGAAUAACUAACUGGUACAGAUAAUCCUACCUCAUGCCUACUGUGACAAUAUUAAAAUAAUGGACUCUAAAGUCAUCUGUUUAUCACUUUUGAAGAGGGUAAUAAAAAUGUUUUAAAAAUGCCUUUGUUCCACUGGGUCUGCUGGUAAUGGGAAGAUAAGGGAGUUGUCUUACCUACUCACCUUAAGUAAGUAUCUCUACUUCCAAAGGCUAGAAAUAUUAUCUCUUUUAUAUAAUGAUGACUCAUAAUUCUGCUUCUACACACCACAUCUUUCUGUUCACCAAACUACAUUGUGGCCAUUUCCAAUUACACAGGCAUCUCAAACUCACCAUGGCCAAACCCAACUUUAUCAUCUUCACAUUUAUAAUUUAUGUCUUUACAUUUACAGUCCUUUGUCCCUAU